AUGGCGACACCAAGGUCAUCGCCACACAAGCCCAGGCGCAAGGGUAAGAAGAAUGACAUUGGUCCCGACCGGCCGACCGCCCGCUUGCCGUCCGAGACUCUUGUCCACGCUCCUUCCUUCUCUCUGGCUGCCUUUCUCUGGCCCGCCAGGACCGCAUCGUCAAAGUGGGAGGUUCUCAUUCCCAUUUUGAUAGUCGUCGGGCUCUUCCGUUGGUCUGCUGGCUUCUGGGGCUACUCAGGCUUCAACCGGCCCCCCUUGUACGGAGACUACGAAGCGCAACGGCACUGGAUGGAGGUGACGACUCAACUCCCCAUCUCCCAGUGGUAUUUUCAUGAUCUUCAGUGGUGGGGUCUUGACUACCCUCCUCUCACGGCCUACCAUAGCUGGCUGCUCGGCAAGGCCGGCGCUUUGUUAAACCCUGAGUGGUUCGCCCUUUACACGUCGCGCGGAAAUGAGGAUGCCAAUCUGAAGGUAUUCAUGAGGGGCACCGUCUUCGUUUCCGAAUACCUCGUCUAUAUCCCCGCCGCCGUCGUCUGCAUCCGCCGGUACAGCCGUCUUAGCGGUGUUGACACAUGGACCUCGUCCCUUGCCCUCGUCGCCUUCCUGAUGCAGCCGGCUACCAUUCUCAUUGACCACGUCCACUUCCAGUACAACACAGUCAUGCUCGGACUUGUCCUUGCCAGCAUGUCCAGCAUCCUGGCUGAGCGGUACAAGAUGUCCGCCGUCUUCUUUGUCUGCGCUCUCAUGUUCAAGCAGAUGGCUCUAUACUAUGCCUUCACUGUCUUUGCCUACCUCCUCGGCUCGUGCCUCCGGCCUCGCAUCAGUAUCACCCGUUUCCUGGGAAUCGCCCUGGCCACCCUCAUUACAUAUGCCGUCACCGUCCUGCCGCUCAUCCUUGGCACACUGUACGACUCGUAUAGGGGAAUCGCUGCGCUCGAGGGCCCUCUCCCUCUAUUCCCCUGGCUGGGUGACUUUCUGGACCCGAACGCGUUCUACUACCCCCUGGUGCAAGUUGUGCUUCAGGUGGUCCACCGCGUCUUUCCCUUUGCGCGCGGCCUGUUUGAAGAUAAGGUAGCCAACUUCUGGUGCGCUCUGAAUGUGGUUCUCAAGCUCCGCAGCUACUCGCCCGGGCUCCUCCAAAAGGCCGCAUUGGGUGCCACGUUGCUCUCCGUUAUCCCGCCAAAUGUCAUCGUCUUCCUCAGGCCUCAGAAGGCUAUCAUACCUACGGCAUUUGCCGCCACAGCCUGGGGCUUCUUUCUCUUCAGCUGGCAGGUCCACGAGAAGAGCGUCUUGCUACCCCUCAUGCCUAUGACUUUAUUGCUUGCCGGAAAGCAAGGAAUGAGCAGGGACGUCCGAACUUGGGUUGGAUUCGCCAAUAUCCUGGGCGCAUGGACCAUGUUUCCUCUCUUCCAUCGCGUCGACCUACGCGUUCCCUAUACCGUCCUCACCCUCCUUUGGGCCUAUCUUCUCGGUCUCCCGCCCGCAUCGUGGAGCGUUUACUCCCCCAAUAACGCUUCGUGGGCCCAAAUUCUUACCGCCAUUACCCACUGCGUCUUCUACGUCGCCAUGCUUGCUUGGCAUGUCGUUGAGACUUUUGUGCCCCCACCUCUGGACAAGCCGGAUCUAUGGGUAGUAGCAAACGUUGGGGUCGGCGUUACCGGAUUUGGACUCUGCUACUUGUGGUGUCUCUGGAAGCUUCUUCAGGAUAGCCACAUCCUCCCCAUGAAGCCGUCUUUUCAGAGGCCAUAG